CACCUGCUGCGCGGGUAGCCGGGUUUCAAUUUCCAGCCGAGGAAAUCCGUUUUUCUUUAUUAUAUUAAAAGUUUCACUUGCAUCGUGAUUUAAUAAAUUCACACUUUUUUUUGUUAUUAUUAAAUGCAUAACAUAUUUUUAUAUGCAGACUAUAAUAUUUUCCCCCCGACUGUACAACAUAUUUCCUUUGAAAAUCCAUUGCUAGAUGUGUAACGAAACGCCAACUUUUUUUUUCUAUGUUAUGGGUGCGUGCAUUUGUAUUGUCCGGUGUUUGAAGACGCUUUGGAAUUCGCUUUCAAUUUCUUCGUAGGAAAAAUGUCGGGUGAUACCGAUAAAGCGAAAAUCAGUGACAAUCAGGAUGAAGACAAGAAGUCGGGUGCUGGUGACGGACAGACGACGGAAGACGAGUCUUCACAGGACUCUAAGGGUGACGUAAAAUCUACAACCGCAAAUGGCAAAGACGAUCCUGCAGAAGACUCAAAAGAUGACAAGAAAGAGGCUAAAGCGGGUAGUGACAUUAAAAAGGAAGAAAACGGCGAGACACACGAUGAGGAUGAAAAAGACGCCGUGAAAGAAAACGACAAAGGUGCUAAGAAAGCUCCUCCCAAGAAAAAGCCUAAAAAAGAGGAUACUGAGGAAGAGGACGAGGAUGAAGAGGAGGAAGAAGAGGAAGACGAGGAGAUGGAUGAUGAAGGCGAGGAAGAGGAAGAAAAACCUAAAGAGAAGGUGAAAAAGCCAGCAAAGAAACCAAAAGAAGAAGAUGAAGAGGGAGAUGAGGAAGGUGAUGAGGAGGGCGAAGAGGAAGAAGAGGAGGAAGAAGAAGAGGAGGCGCCUAAACCUAAGCCUAAAAAAGAGCCUACGGAACCUCCAGUCCCUCUACCGGCGGGUAAGGGAAUACCAUUAGGGCACAUCAGCAACGUCGAAGUGUCCUUAUCACGGUUCAAGACCCAGGACCAGAAGAUAUUGCAUCAGUAUCUAUAUGGCCAACUUUGUCUAGAUCGGAACGUAAAGAGGAAUAUAAAGAAGUUCAAGGGUUACGAAUGGGCUAUUGGCUCGACGGAAUACAAAGCUAAGCUAGAAGAAACAGCAAAGAUGGAAAUGAAGCAGCUGCGCACUAUGUGCGAAAUGUUGGAUCUCGAUAAGAAAGGCGGUGCGCAAGAACUAGCCGCUCGCCUAGUAGGUUUCCUUCAACAACCGGCCGCCAAUUCCCCGCACGCGCGCGGCUCCGUCCGCGCCGCGCCCGCCGCCACCAAUACCCCGGGCGGCAGGCCGCGCCGCUCCGCCGCUGUCAAAGUACACAACCGCGGCUACUCGGACGAGGAAUAUGAAACAGACCCAGAAACUAAAGUCAAAGGACCCAAACCACCAAGAGACGGCUCAGAAGACUCAGAUGGUUCGUUCAACCCGAGCGGUUCCGAAGAAGGCGACUCGGACUUCGACCCCGAGGCGGGGGAGGGCACCCCCGGGGCCCGCAAGCGUCGCCCGGGGCCCCCGCGGCGCCGGUCCAGCGGGAAGCCAGGCAAGAGGGGCCGCAAGCCCAAGGGAAAGAAGGGGAAGGUUGCGGUCAAACCGGGGCGCGGCAAGAAGGCCAAGUCGGACAGCGACGAGGAGAGCGAGAAGUCCGAGAGUGAGAGCGAGAACGAGUCCGGCAGCGAAGGGGAGGAGUCCGACCAGGAGCCUAAAGCCAAGCGCGGCCGUCCUCCAGCUAAAGGCAGCGCCGUCGCGACCCCACGUAAAGGAGCCGUGGGCCGACCGACUGCCUCCAAACCGACGCCUGUCAAGCGGAAACCACCCACGCCGCCAGGUAAGAAGAAGCCCGCGGGCAAGCCGGCAGGCCGGCCGGCGAAGAAGGGCAAGAAGGCGUCUUCCGAAGAAGAGUCCGGAGAAGGAAGCGAAGAGGAGGAAGAGGAAGAGGGCAGCGAGGAAGAGUCCGGGGAAGAUUCCGACGCGCCCGCGGACAAGAAGCCUAAGCGGCCGCCAACGGACGAGGAGAUAAAGAAGUACGUGAAGCAGAUCUUGGAAGGUGCCAACCUCGAGCAGAUCACCAUGAAGACGGUCUGCAAGCAGGUGUACAGCCACUACCCGGAGUUCGAUCUGGCACACAAGAAGGACUUCAUCAAGGCCACAGUCAAGUCGUGUAUUUAAUAUGUUAGGGGUUAAAAGCGGAGUGUAGAUGUCUGCAUAGUAUACCUAUUAUAGUUUAUAAGAAGGACAUAGUUAUAUAUUAUUACAAUAAUAAUAUAUUAUGAGAAAUAAAUAAACCGAAAUAAAUGGAAUGGAGGAACACCCGCUUCUCUUUAAAGCUCAUAUCAUCGUGAGCAGUGACCCAUCGGCCGCUUAACAUAUAAAUAGCCAAGUAAGCCACACCACUUAAACCUUAGCGUUAAUACCCGCCGCGUUGGCUCGCAAACUACCCGACAAUUUUAUGGAAACGAGAAAAAACAUAAUUGGAAACUUUAAACUUCUUCGUAUAUACAUAUAUGCUAGUUCCUUACAUUGGUACCAAUGUCGGCACCAACUUUUCUUAUAAACGUUGGGCCACAUAUUGGAUUAAUAUGAAACAUUCGUUCCGCCAGUAUUGGUACCAAUGCGUGGAGCAUAUUUUAUUAAUUAUUAUAAAAAAAUUGUCUUGUGUUCGUUCGAUACGGUAUGGAAGAGAUGUUAUUAUAUAUUUUUGUGAGAUUUCGCUUAACAGGUAGCGGUCUCGCGUUGUGCUAUAAGUAAAACAAUUGGGUGUUUGAUUUGAAAAUGUAAUGGUGAUAAAUGUAAUCAUGAAUUCCUGAUAAUAACUUUUAACUAAAAAAUGCUAUGAAAAUAAAUAUCGAAUUAUAAUUCGCAGGAUUGUGUCGUGUUAUAAAUCCAUUAAAA